AUGUCUCUUCAUUACUCUCUGGUGUCCCCUCACUGCCCUCUGGUGUCCCCUCAUCACUCUCUGGUGUCCCCUCAUCACCCUCUGGUGUCCCCACUGCCCUCUGAUGUCUCUUCAUUACUCUCUGGUGUCCCCUCAUCACCCUCUGGUGUCCCCUCAUUACUCUCUGGUGUCCAUUCACCGCCCUCUGAUGUCCCCUCAUCACCUUCUGGUAUCCCCUCAUUACUCCCUGGUGUCCCCUCACUGCCCUCUGAUGUCCCCUCAUCACCCUCUGGUGUCCCCUCAUCACUCCCUGGUGUCCCCUCAUCACUCCCUGGUGUCCCCUCAUCACCCUCUGGUGUCUCCUCACCACCAUCUGGUGUCCCCUCACUGCCCUCUGAUGUCCCCUCAUUACUCUCUGGUGUCCCCUCACUGCCCUCUGAUGUCCCCUCAUUACUCUCUGGUGUCCCCUCACUGCCCUCUGAUGUCCCAUUACUCCCUGGUGUCCCCUCAUCGCCCUCUGGUGUCCCCUCAAUACUCUCUGGUGUCCCCUCACCGCCCUCUGAUGUCCCCUCUCUGGUGUCCCCUCAUUACUCUGUGGUGCCCCCUCACUGCCCUCUGAUGUCCCAUUACUCUCUGGUGUCCCCUCAUCACUCUCUGGUGUCACCUCACUGCCCUCAGGUGUCCCAUUACUCUGUGGUGUCCCCUCACUGCCCUCUGAUGUCCCCUCAUCGCCCUCUGGUGUCCCCUGCAUACUCUCUGGUGUCCCUUCACCACCCUUUGAUGUCCCCUCAAUACUCUCUGGUGUCCCCUCAUCACCCUCUGAUGCCCCCUCACUGCCCUCUGGUGCCCCUCAUUACUCUGAUAUCCCCUUAUCACCUUCUGGUGUCCCGUCACAGCCCUCUGGUGUUCCCUCAUCACUCUCUGGUGUCCCCUCAUCACCCUCUGGUGUCCCUUCAUCACUCCAUGAUGUCCAUUACUCCCUGGUUUCCCCUCACUGCCCUCUGAUGUCCCUUCAUUACUCUCUGGUGUCCCCUCAUUACCCUCUGGUGUUCCUUCAUCUGCUCCAUGUCCUCUACUCUUUCUACUAGCAAAGACCAGUGACUGCAGCAUGGGGGUCACAUCUGGGAUGGACCUUGGAGGGGCAGGCAUGUGGUUCCUUUGA